GUUGUGUAAACCCACACGAGGGCAGCGAGGAGUGGUUGAUGAAGAACUUUGGUGCCUUCAGAGUCAUGGCCCGAAUGAAGGACUUUUCAACACUCAACAUGGUCUUCAGUGGAUUGGAGGUUCUUCACCUGCUGUCUCCAACACAGAAGGCUGAGCUGCUGCUGAGGCCAGAGGUUGCAGGUUUAGAUAAUGGCACUUUAAGCCUGGUCUUCCACAGUUUGUUGACAGACGGCACUGGCCCUCUCCCAACUGGCAGCCCUGGAGGGCGCAACCACACCACGACCCCUGGAGGGCGCAACCACACCAUGACCCCUGGAGGGCGCAACCACACCAUGACCCCUGGGGGUGGCCACCCCUCUAUGAUCCCUGGAGGGGACCACCACUAUGACCCAUAUGAGCCACCAUCUCCACACAGCAACCUAAAACAGGUUGUGAAUGGGUUUAUGACAGCUUUCAGACCCCUUGGCAGAUUUGUUCAUGAGUUUGUGUCCUUCACACAAGAGAGGGAAGUGUCAAAAAUGAGAAGUACCACUCUGACCCAGUUCCUGCUAAACUGGACUCUGUCUGAAGUGGCAGACAUGUACCGGCCACCGGAGACAUCCAUAGUUCCACAUAGCCCAAAGUUUGACAUCACCAAUUUGGAGGAUUGGUACCAGCAUGUGGUGAUGCCGGUGUUACGGAGGUUCCUGCCGAACAACGGGGCUCUGCUGAAUCACAACAUCACCCUGGCCUUCCACCAUGUGUUCCAACUGGACAAUGGUAUGGACAAUGAAACUUCUGACAUCGAGGACGUCUGCAGCAUCACUCUUGAUAAAAGACCUUGCGCGCUGAUUGAUGUGGUGGAAAAUGUGGCGAGCGUUAUGCACUGUGCUGCUCAAAGCCACCUAGAAAUGUCCGAGGAGACGAUCAUAAGAUUGAUUGUAGAGCUGACAAAGCGUCUGGAGUCACUCAUCAGAGAGUUGUCCACAACA